CUCACACACAUUCGCUAGCCGACCUGACGACGCCCAGGACAGAAGGUAGCGGACGACGUUUGACAAAGUUUGCGGUAAGCUUGUUACCAAUGGCUGCGGACCACUUGUUGCGAGUGAGCAGUUUCAACUAUCCUCCCUACCACGUCAUCACUGAACAAGGAUUCAACGUUCCUGUCAAGGGCAUAUGCGGAGAAAUUCUUGCAGCUAUAACGCGAUCGUUGAAGACAAACUACACCAUAACAUUUCCUUUGGACUCCUUUUGGGGACUACUGAAGCCGGAUGGAAACUGGACCGGAGUGCUCGGAAUGCUGCAGCGUGAUGAGGCCGAUUUGGCGCUGUCUGUGAUCAAUCCCACGAGCGAGAAGAAGGAUGUCGCGGUAGAGUCGGAGACGAUCCUUCCCAUCGAGAUCAUGAUUCUCGCCGGUCGCCAGUCUAGCCACGAGAGCAACAUACUCGGCAUCAUACAAAUCUUCCCCUGGGAGGUUUGGCUGCUCGCCUUUUGCGGUUUUCUCAUGUCUGCCGUCGUAUGGUCUGUCGGCGACUACAUUCACUUCCGACUCGACAACAAGAAUGGACUAUUCGACCACGUCGGCAACUUCCUCGGUCGCCUGUGGGCCUUCGUCGAGAGCACUUUGCUGGAAGCGUCGCCGGUGGUGCCCAGCCGGAUCUCUGCGCGCAUUCUGGUCGGCGCCUACUGGCUCGUGGUGAUCAUCCUGACUACGGCCUUCGCGGGCCAGAUGAAGGCCAUGCUGAUGGUGCGCCAGGAGGCCGACCGCAUCGACAGCCUCAAGGACCUGUCCGAGAGGCCCACCAUGAAGCCGUACGCUCCGGCAGGAAGCGCUGUAGUCUCCUCCAUCAGGUACUCCAGGGAUCCGUACUACCAGAAAGUGUGGAGAAUGAUGCAAAAGUUCAAGUCCGACCUGCCCCCUGCCGUCGUCUUGUCCGACAGCUCGAUGCGAGAGAUCAUACGCGGCAAGGCGGUGCUCAUCCUGAGCCGCCCAACGCUGGCCGAGCGGGCGAACGAGGUGUGCGCCAACUCCAGCGAGGGCGAGUUCUACGUGGGCCGGGUGCCCACGUUCGAGUUCAACUCGGUCUUCUACCUCAACAAACGCAUGCCCGCCACCCUCAGGGACUUCAUCAACAAGCGAAUCCUCUGGCUCCGCGACUCCGGCCUGUUGGAGAAGUGGUGGAGGGAGUCCUCGGGAAACUGGGAGGGCUGCGGCCAGGCGACCAGUGACGGAACGCUGACGUUCGCCGACUUCAGCGACUUGAUCAAGCUCUUGCUGGCCAUGCUCGCCUGCGCCUGCGCCGUCUGCCUCACCGAGGUGGCAGUUGGACGCGGUCUCCGCACGCCCCAGCUCGGCCAAUAAGAAAAUCUGAAUUCGGCCUACACGUGUGACUGGAAUAGCGUAGCACACUAUAGGUAUGCAUGGUCAUUGCACGAAGCGUACAGACGUGACGCUACUUUGCAUAUCCUUAACUGGAUCGAACUCGUUUUCACCUGAACACGUGUUUCGCAAUCGCGAGUCAGCCUCGAAAGAAGCUAUGGGAGCAGCGCAACGAAAGAUGGAAGAUAAAUUAUAGGAGUUACAACGUACGCUAAGAGACACGCUGACGGCGGCACGGAUUGGUGCGAGUGAGUUGGAGCUUGUUCUGCACACGCGCUCUCUAUGAACAAACCUAUUGACAAACUGUUGAUUCUAUGCUAUCAACAAGUCCUCUGCACGAAUAACUAAACUGAUAUAAUUUCCACCUUCCGAAUACCAGCACGAGUUCCGCAGGUAAGGUUCUCCUUAGCACAACAACCAACCUUCUCUACUUCAGAAUAAGCUAUGCUGUGACGGCCGUACAUCUUUUACUAUUCUGUCGGGACACAUUUUUUAAUGAAUGUCUGUGAGCACAGCCUGAGCAGGAGCCUCGCCAUGAAAGACAAUGUUUCUUGAACGCAGAUUACUCUUCACAAGCUUUUUUUCUCGAUCAAUGGUUAUUUUCCUCAUUUACGAAAUCAACACUUAUCAUGUACUGCGCUGACAGAGUGACCUUGCUGUAUUUAGUACUUCCCAGCUGUCAAAUAAUGAGGAAAAAAAUUAAGAGAGGCAAAGAAAUUUGAUUGAGGCGGCCACAACAAAGGAGGCAAUGCCAUUCCUGGAGGAAGGUCCAUCAGCCCACGCAGACAGUACAGGUAUCGCCUAAUCACUGUAUGCCUUCGUAAGCUUAUCGCUUCGAGGAAACGACGCUCCGUUAAUAUCUGCCUACUUCUCUGUUAAAAAAAUCGACUCGACUUUCCGAGUUUGGACAAUUAAAUUUCUCGUUAGCGCGGCUGGGCAUUACGCACAAGUUCGGUAUAAUACCACCGGCUGCGAUUUCUUUGCCGCGAGAACAAUGAACAGCUGCGCCUGCAGCUGCCGCGUAACAUUGCGGCCACAUCGUAUGUUGGUUCAAAGCUCGAUGAAAUGCUUAAAUCAGUUGAAAGCGCUUGCAAUAGCGCUCUAAAAAGAAAAUGGCGUCGUGCGACUCCACGCCCGGUUUGCUGGCACCAAAUGCGGCGUCCUUGCGCGGGCUCUCCGCCGACUUACCGCAACGAAUUUUGCCGAGUCGCUCUUAUCGAGUGGCAGCCGAUUUAGGAAAGAAAAUAAAUGAGGCGGGGAUUAAAGGCGCUUGCAACACACGUAUAUAACCUACGCGCUGCAUUCACGACUCAUCUGGCCGGCUUAAGCCUGGCGGAAGAGUUUCGAGAUUCAAAUCGGCUUAUAACAUUCUGGAGCCGAAAGGAUCGCGAGUUCUUGCACUUGUGCGCUUGAAUUAUUCAUUUUUCCUCAUAAUCUUUCUGCUUUUGCUUGGUCCUAAGCU